GAAUAGUGAACCCACGUCGUGGGCGGAAUACAGAUGAAUGAUUGGGAAAUAGAUCAUGGAUCCCUAGCCGUUUCUCUUGUUAAAGAUUCUUGUUAAAAAAAAAAAAAAAAGAAAUAACAUGCUGUGAUUUUAAAUAAUAGACUAUCUACAAGUAAACGGGAGCAGUGAGUCGAGAAACGGAAGAGCCGGAUGAAGGGACAACCGUUACCACGGCGACGAGAUCACAUCAAUUUGAACAGCGAAAAGUCAGAGGGUUCGUUAUUUGUUUCAAUGGAUUGACAUUGGAGACUGCCUAUAGAAUUAUUGCGCUGUGAAAGGGAUCAAUCUCCACGAUGGAGGUAAAACCGAUACCAAAGCCGCGAUCGGUAGUAACAGAAAGCAAACCGAUACCGGCGCCCCGAAGACUCUUGCCGACGACCACCUCGCCGUCGACUCAUUCCAGUAGUCCGACCAGUGAAUCCAGCCAGUCUGAGAAGAGCGACGACUUAAGAUCAAGCGGCAGUAUCACCAACGAGAGUACUCCACGUAGCAACCACGAGUUCUUCCGCAGCCUCAGUACGAGCUCGCGCCAACUGAAGGACGAGCUCUCGGAGAAGAUGACAGUGAAAGGACGCGCCGUUAUCUCUAGCACGCGGAACGCUAGCAUUCGAUUGGAGAAGUCGGUGAAGAAUCUGUUGACUCGGCGGCUGUCGUCUUUGAAUCAGGACGACGUGGUCGGCCAGGGCGGCGUCCAGAAAAAGAUCAAAGAUCCGGUCGAGGAGGACAGAUGCGUGUCCAUGCCGGCCGACAACAUCUUCAGCAGCAUCUCGUUUUAUAGUCCUCUGAGCGGCAAUCUGAAGAGCAUGAAGAACGAGGAGGAUCUAUCCACCGGCGGCAAGCACAGUCCGCCACCUCCGGUGUAUCCGCCACCCCCGCUUCCGGACGAAUCUAUCUACGACGAGUUGCAGUCCGUCACAUCAGGAAGCAGCGGCCGAUACGACACACUCAGUUCUACUGUGUCCGACAAGAUCGAACGAGACUUCCCUGACUUCAACGUCCUCAACUUUGCGCGAAAUCAGACUAGUGACUCCGACCAAAGUCUAAACUUGUCCGACGUUAAUGUGAGUCUAUCGCAAGACAAGUCUGAAAUCUCGGCGAAGAGGCUGUCGAGAUCGGACUCUUGGACCUUUUACGACGCCACACCAAGCACGAAAGUUGCUGAGAACGUCGAUGAAGUGGACAGGAUAUCCAGUGUAGAAGAGGGAAGCUUGGAAAAAUCCUUCGAGAAGAAAAUCUCGCCGAUAGAUCGAACCUCUUGCGCGUCCUUCGAAAGCCAAGCUUCCAUCCAAAAUUCUCUCUACGAGAAUCUGUCGCCGCCGAAAGUCGAUAGUAGUCGGCAACAACCGAUAACGAUUCUCUCGGACGCUAGAGUGCAGAGCAGCAAGUCUGUACUCUUCGAGUUUGAUCCGUUUGCGAGGACGUCCGAGAACGAGAACGUCUACAGCAAUUACGAGAAUAACGAUCUGAUGCUGCUGGAAACCUUGUUGGCUACCAACGAUUCGCCCAAUAGCGCCGACAGCACGCUGGAAUUUCGCGAGAGCGCCGAGGAGGAGCAGGAGGACGAAGACUUGGUGCAUCCUGGCAUCAAUUUGACACCUCCAGAGCCACCCAAGAGAUUUGAUUCCCUUCCUAAGAAUGAGUAUGACGUGGCGGAAGGUGUGGAACAACCCGAUAGGAUCCAAACCUCGGGUAAAAAUCCACCUCUCCUGCCGAAGCUGGCGCACUUGGUGACGAAAAAGCAGCCCGCGGUUCCUCCCAGAAAACCUUCCGCGAAGGCUCCUGCGCUUCCUCAACCAAAUGCAAGUGCGACUGUGACAACGACAACAAAGACACUUGCCAAUAACGGCGAGGAAAGUGUUACUAGUCCGUCGUUGACAUCGAGGCAUACCGAGGACCAUCGCAAAGUGAGCGUGAUACAAAAGUUGAAGAAACUGCGAUCGGAAUCUACAGUGAACGCCAUCAAGCCUAAUGUGAUCAGUUUUGUUAAGAGUGGUAGUAAACUAUUAUCCAGGAAUCGCGAGCACAUCGGUGAGUCCGGUUCGAGGUCGCUACAAAUGGAGAGGCCGAAGGUGAAUGUUCCGCACAAUCCGGUCACACACAGAGGAAUAGUGUAUAGGCCUGGAAUGGGUAUCGAGAGGGCCAAGGACCUCGUGUUGAGAGCGGCAGUGUUGCUUGAUCGGAAAUUAUCAUUCUACGCUGACAAGAGCACGUCUACGCUGAAAGAGGUCGUGGAAUUAGAGACAGUACACAGUAUUCAUCUGCUUCAGGAUGUUAAGACCAUGGACGGUGAGACGGUGCAUUGCAUAGCGAUUAGCGGCGCGGGCAGACCAAGUGUGCACAUUUUCUACGCGAAAGGUGUCGCAGAGAGACGAAUCUGGGCCCAGAGGAUCCUUGAGGCGACCACGCCGAUCUUCCCCACAAAGUACACCGCCGAAUUCACCAGAGCAGGUUGGGCUUACUUAAAGGAAAGUGUAACAGGUACAUGGUUUCCGGCUUGGCUUCUCUUGCAACAAAGAACACUGAUUUACACGAAAUCCUUGGAAUCUUUUCCCGUAAAUUUUGAACAGGUGGAUCUGCGAAAAGCGCGCUGCAUUGUGUUGCGAGAUCAAGAAGGACCGAUUGCCGGAUGUGGAACUGUUCCAGUGGUGGUUGUGGACGCUGGGGGUAGCGGCGCCUUGCAUAUCGCUACAUCAGGAUCCCAUGAAGCUACCGCUUGGCGACACGCGCUUUAUCAAGCGGCUACAAACUGCGGCCCUGCUUUAGACCAACAGCAGAUUACGCAGGACAAUGUGCCCGUCAUCUUGGACAAAUGUGUCAACUUCAUCUACGCUCAUGGCAUGAUGACAGAAGGUAUUUAUCGUCGUAGCGGGUCGAGCAGUGCCGUAGUAAAGCUAUUAGAGGCUUUCAGACGAGAUGCAUGGGCCACGCAAAUAACGCGGAAUGUGUACACGGAGCACGAUGUCGCUACGGUUCUUAGAAGAUUUCUUCGGGAUUUACCGGAUCCAUUAUUCCCUCCCGCUAUACACGACCGAUUUUGCCUCGCCUCAGAAUCGACUAGCGAGGAAAAUAGGGUGGCGACUUAUCGGAAAUUAUUAUCCACCCUGAAUCCCAUAACGUCGGCGACGCUUCGCCGGAUUCUGGCGCAUCUCCAUGGUCUCAGUCAACAGAGCGCCAGGAAUCUGAUGACCGUCGAAAAUCUUUCGGCGGUCUGGGGCCCGACUCUGAUGCAUGCCGGCGAGAACAGCGCCGAGGAGUGGAAUCGGUCGGAGACCAAGGUCGUUGGUGAUCUCAUCAAACUGUAUCCGAAACUUUAUCAAUUGUCUUCAGCUGACCUGGCCAAGGAAGCGAAGAUGCUGGAGAUUCUGGAAAAGCACCACGUGUCCAACAACGGACUGCGAGGUGCGCCUUCGGGAGACCUCAAGAUCUGGAUAAACAUCCUGUCGCCAAAUGGAGAGUGCGUCAACGUCACCAUUGGGCCUCAGAAGACCGCGUUUGACGUGUGUCGAGAACUCGCCGAAAAAACCAACUUACCGUCUCAUGAGCUGUGCUUAGAAGAAUAUACUCUGUCCGGUGCGCUAGAACGGCCGUUGCAUCACAGUGAACGUGUCUUGGAAACGGUGGCGAGAUGGGGAUACUGGGACUCGGAUGAUAGGAAGGAUAACACUCUCAUCCUCAGGAAAGACCGCUUGUACAAGGACAUCGUGCCUCUGGUAAAGCCGCCUAUGACGAUCUCCGGUGAGCUUAAAUUUGCGGACACCAGGACGAAAAACCUCAAGACUUACCUCUUCGAGUUCAGUCAGGCGAAGCUCUUUUGUUACAAGGACAAGGUGUGCUCCGUGAAACUUCACGAGUGGAAGAUCGAAGAUAUCAUUUGGUACUUGGGACACGAGCCUAAACGCAAUCCACAGAUGGGUUGGUCCAUCACGUUUAUCACAAAGAACAAGAAACCGACGAGAUGUAAGGACAGCCCAUUUUUCGGAAAUAUUUUGGCAGGCACGUCCAAAGACGAGGAGUAUAGAUGGUUAGCGGCUAUGCUCUUUGGAGAGUAUCAAUUAAAUCUCCGGGCAUCCGCGCUGAAUCUUAUGGAUCCAUGACCGACUAAAGACGAUUAAAUUAUAAACCACUUCGUGCCUACAAAGUGAUCGACAAGUGAUACUUUUUUUUUCUACAAAUCGCGUUACAGACUUUGAACAAAUAUAUGUACAGUGCCGAACAAAAGAACUGACUAGCUUAAUAUUUUAUAUAAGUUUUUUUAAAACAUAGUAUCCUAAAAAUCUGAUCUCGUCUAACGUUUAUGUAAAUUGAAUCAUUCUAUUACGAAUCGAUUAGCGUGAUCAACAGAAACGUCGUAGUUACGAAACAAUGAUGCUGUGAAAGUCUGUCAUUACAAAAUAGUUAACAGUGAUGUUAAUUAUCGUAUAAUAUGCGACGAAUUAUGAAAUAACAUGCCAUUUAUAGUAAAAUAAAAUUAACGAGAUAAAAUGA